GCAGCUACGCGACUGCUCCUCGGGGCACGGGCGUGAGGCCGGCGGCAGCCAGGGGCCCCCACAACCGGCCUCCCGGGCUUCCGACGCGGCCAUGGCGCGGAACCUCCGGACCUGGCUGGGCGGCUGCCUCUUGGUGUCAGCACUGGGAAUGGUGCCACCUCCUAAGAACAUCAGAGUGAAUUCAGUUAAUUUCAAGAACAUUCUACAGUGGGAAUCACCUUUACCCAAAGGGAAUCUGACUUUCACGGUUCAGUACCAAAGUUAUUCCAGGCUGUUCCAAGACAAGUGCAAGAACACGAACACGACGGAGUGCGAUUUCUCAGAUCUCUCCAAGUAUGGUAACCACACCUUAAGAGUGCGGACUGAGCUCACAGGUGAUCACUCCGACUGGGUGAACAUCACCUUUUCGCCCGUGGAUGAAACCAAUGUUGGACCUCCUGGGAUACAAGUAGAUGCACUUGUUAAUUCUUUGCACGUACACUUCCUGUCCCCCAAAAUUGAUAAUGAACCUGAAACAUGGACCAUGAAGAAUAUUUAUAAUUCAUGGACUUACAAUGUACAAUACUGGAAAAACGGCUCUGAUGAAAAGGCUUCAGUCCACUGUCAGCACGACUCCGAGACCCUCCGAGAUCUUGAGCCGCAGACAACCUACUGUGUGCAGGCUCAAGUGAUCAUUCCCGAUCGGAACAAAGCCGGAGAGUGGAGCGAGCCUGUGUGUGAACAGACAGCGCACUUCGACACCGUGUCCUCCUGGGUCAUCGCCCUCGUGGUCCUCGCGGCCUCCGUGUGUGUGGCCCUCCUGCUUCUCGGCUGCUUCGCCAUGCUGUGGUGCAUUUACGAGAAGAUCAAGUACACCUUCUCCCACCAGAACACUCUCCCCCGGCACCUGAAAGAGUUUCUCGGCCACCCUCACCACAGCCCACUUCUGAUUUUCUCCUUCCCGUUCCCUGACGAACAUGAAGUUUUUGACAAGCUGAGUAUGAUUACAGAGAUCUCUGAGAGCGGCAGGCAGAACCCUGGCAAAGGUGGCAGUCAGGAGGCGCCGUCCAGGCAGGGGUCCUGCAAGCUGGGGUCCGAGGCGGAGGCUCCCAGGGUGCAGAGCAGUCCCCUCCUUACGACGGCCUCUGACGGUGACCACACCCACAAGUGCACUGAGACCACCUGAGCCCCACACGGAGGCUCAGACGCCGGGGCACACGGAAAGAGCCAAAGAGCCAGCUUGUGAAGACACUUGGCAAAACACGGCCCCUUGGAAGCUGCUGCUUUGUGAAGGCCUUCAUGGUGGAAAACUGAGGGUGCAAACUCGGCCUCUGAGACGCGCGGAUCUAAGGAGCAAGUCUUAGCUGCAAGAAACGGCAGUGUUUACGGCGGGAGGAGCGACGUCCUCCCCAGCGGCCGAGUCGCAGCACAGCCCGGGCUCAGCGGCCGCGGUGGCCGUCUGGGGCGGCUCUCUGGCUUCCGGGGACACCGCAGCGGGGUUCAUUUUUCUGCCGUAUCUUUUAUACAGCACUGGUACUCGAGUAAAGUUUAUCCUCUUUAUCUGUGGCCAGUGACACGCAUUUGUCGCUGCCAGGUAUUCAGUGAGGCCUCUGUGACACAUCACAUGUCCCCACCCGCCGCCCUCCGGGGGCGAUGCCGUGGGCGCGUGGGGCUCCGUGUCGGGCAGCCAGAGCUGGCCCCGUGCCCAGAGGCAAGGAGGGACGGGGGACAGCGGCAGACCCGGGUGGGUGGGCUCUAGCCAGCGGGGGGUUUCCACCACGCACGAGGCCGUGGCCACACACCCGGGUGCCCACCCUGGACCUCAGGGCGCUGUGGCAUGGGACUGCGAGUCACGUGUGGAUGUGUUUUCUAUCUUCAGACGAUGAGCACCCCAAACCCAGCCAGCCCCUAAUGUGGGUCUCAAACCCAAGGCCGGGACCCCUUGGAUAUUUACUCUACUUGGCUGUCCGGCUGCUCUGGGGGGUGCCGGCUGCUCUGGGGGGGGCCGGCUACUCUAGGAGGUGCUGGCUACUC